AAAAGUUUUCUGUCUCGAGGGCUCUCUCUCAUCUCGGACAGUCUUUGAUAGUAGGUGAAUAGUAAAAGUCAACAAAUCUUGAAAGUCUAGAGUAUAAUAAUACAAUGACGUAGAAGAAGAUAAAAAUAUAAAUCACGGAUAGACUUUGAGAAAAUCCAACCCCUAGGAGAGAGGAGAGGAGAAGAGAAGAAAGGAGAGCUCAAAAGGCAAAUCUUCCCGUCAACGAAGGAAUCUAUGCAUCAACCCAUCAUACCUGGUUUGCCGGAUGACCUGGCCUUGCGGUGUCUGUCAAAGGUAUCUCAUGGAUACCAUGGACUUCUUGAAUCUGUCUCCAAGAGAUGGAGGGAUAUGAUUCGCAGCGCUGAUUAUGCCCGCUAUAGAGCGAAACAAGGAUGCUGUGGUGAUUGGCUGUUUGUUCUUACUGAGCAGUCUAACAACCAAUGGGUUGCCUUCGAUCCUGAAGCUGACAGGUGGCAUCCCUUGCCAAAGGUUUCUGGGGAUUGUGCUGACCGUCAGCAUUUUGGAUUUUCCUGCGUUUGUGUUUAUAAUCGACUCUUAGUCAUUGGGGGCUCCUAUGCACCACUGGAUUCGUCGGUUCUAAUUCAAAGACCUUUAAUAACAGAUAAUGUUCUCCAGUUUGAUCCAUUUAAGAAACAGUGGACUAAUGUGGCAAGAAUGCGAACACCACGUUCUCACUUUGCGUGCAGUGUUAUCUCUGGGAAGGUUUAUGUUGCUGGUGGGCGCAACUUAUCUUGCACCAAGGGGCUUGCGCUGGCAGAGGUUUACGAUCCUUUAACAGACAAAUGGGAGGAAUUGCCGCCAAUGCCGGCACCACUGAUGGACUGCUUAGGAUUAUCAUAUAAAGGCAAAUUUCAUGUUUUGAGUGACCAGGUUGGCCUGUCAGAGACAAACAUAACUCAAGUUUUCAAUCCAUCAAUUAACACAUGGUGCACAAUGGAGGACAUUUGGCCUUUCUCCAGGGCAAUGCAAUUUGCAGUUCAAGUCAUGUGUGAUGGAAGAGUAUACACAGUUGUUGAUUGGGGUGAGAGCUUGAUUAAAACAAGGGACUCUGAGGGAGGAGAGUGGUACACUGUGGGUUCAGUACCUUCAGUCAUUCUAACCAACCACACGAGGGCUUUGGAGGCCUUUAGUUAUGGUUUUGCUUCCCUUAGAGAUGAACUGUAUAUAUUGGGUGGAAAGGUUCUCAAGUGGGAAGAAGCAGGAGCUGGAAGGUUUGACAUCGUGAGAUUAGAUUUGGUGAGGGUUUGCAAUCCAGUAGCUAGGCCUUUAAAAUGGAAGGAAACCAGGCCAAUGUGUGGACCAGCAUGUGGCUCUAUUCUAGGAUGUGCAUCCCUGGAAGAGGAAAGUUGUUCUCCAUCGAGUUGGACGUGAAGAAUGCACUUGUUAUGGCCAAUGCAGUCACGGCUAAUACAAAGGUGGGAGGCGUGUAAUGGCAGUGUCCUUUCAACCAGGCGCAUCAGUCAGUCAUUGGACAUCCGUUGACACCAUGUUUGGCUUACCUUUUAAUUCUAUUCCACUCGAAGAUGACACAAGGUAGGAUUAGUUUAAUGGAAGAUUCCUCGUCCGGUUGGCUUGCUUUUUAAUUCCAGGAUUAGUUUAAUGAAGACGGUAUGAUGCCUUAACAAUCCAUUUGCAAGAUUGAGAACAGGAAAAGACAGGAGAAAUAUGGCUCAAGUCUGCUUCACUGUUUCUCUUUGUUUGUUUAUGCCUAUUGGAAUACAAACGCUUUUCUCAAUGUUCCUAGCCACAUUGUGACUUAAACUUGGGGAGAAGUAAUCUCUGAAGCUAUAUAUUCCACGAACCCUUCUGAAA